AUGAAUCAGUAACAGCACCAAGCACAACAGUAGCAAUAACCAUUGGCAAUGAAUUCAAACUCAGAGUAUACGGGAGGUUAAUCAAAAGAUAACAUUGAUGGAGCCCCUUUAAGUACCGAAGGCCAGAUUAUUAUAGAGGAAAAGCAGAGUAAACCAAAUGGAGAGGUGAAUAUAAUUCAAUACAUCAGGGGGAAUUUCUUAGGAAAGGGAGGUUUCGCUAAAUGCUACGAAUUCACCAGAGUAAAGGAUAAGAUCAUAUUUGCUGGUAAACUCAUUGCUAAAUCAACUCUCACUAAGACCAGAGCAAGAUAAAAGUUACUCAGUGAGAUCAAGAUUCAUAGAUCUUUGGUUCAUAGACAUAUCGUAGGAUUUGAGCAUUUCUUUGAAGAUUGUGAGAAUGUAUAUAUUUUACUAGAACUUUGCAAAAGUCAAUCUAUGAAUGAAUUACUAAGAAGGAGAAAGCGUUUACAUGAGUUAGAAGUUCAAUGCUAUACAGUGCAAAUGAUAUCUGCACUUAAAUACAUGCAUGCCCAUAAAGUUAUCCAUAGAGAUUUAAAACUUGGUAAUCUCUUCUUAAAUGAUAAGAUGGAAGUCAAAAUAGGAGAUUUCGGUCUAGCAACGAAAUUAGAGUUCGAUGGUGACAGAAAACGCACGAUUUGUGGCACUCCCAACUAUAUCGCUCCUGAGAUUCUUGAGGGAAAGACUGGACAUUCAUAUGAAGUAGACAUAUGGAGUCUAGGAGUAAUCAUUUAUACUCUUCUCAUUGGAAAGCCACCCUUUGAGACUCAAGAUGUUAAGACCACUUACACCAAAAUCAAAAAGAACCAAUAUAGUUUCCCAGAGCAAAUUAAAGUUUCAAAGCAAUCAAAAAGCUUAGUAGCAAGCAUAUUGCAGCUUGACCCUGCUCAAAGACCAUCCUUAGAUGAGAUUCUCAAUCACGAAUUCUUCAGAAUCGGCCAAUCAAUACCUAAACAUCUACCUUCUUCCACACUCGCUUGUCCACCAUCUGAAAAUUACAUUAGAUAAUUCUGGCCUAUGCUUGGCAGACAAGGCUCAACUAAUGAUCUAGUGAGAAGAGGAAGUGAUUUAAAUAAAGAAAAUUAGAAGAGGACUGGUAGAGAUGGUCUCAUGACUGAUAGAGGUGGAAACAGAGGAGCUACAUUGAGUCCAACAGCACAUGGUUAAUCUGAAGCCGAUCGAAGAUUAUCUGGCAAGUAUAAUAGCUAAUAAUCUAUCGUCGAAUGGAACGACCAAGAGGAGGUAUUCAUCAAUAAAUGGAAUCAAUCUGAUAAGUAUGGAGUAGGCUACCAACUUACCAAUGAGGGCUCGGGAGUCUAUUUCAAUGACAACACUCUGAUAUCACUAUAGCCAGAUAAUUUUACAAUUGAAUACAUGGAAAAAGGAAUAGAUAAGACCGAAAAAAGAGAACUCUUUUCAAUUAAAUAAUACCCUUAAACACUCAAGAAAAAGGUGACAUUGCUAAUUCAUUUCAAGAAUUAUCUUGAGGGUAUUGAAAAUAAAGCUUAAAUUCCAUAGCAGAGACCGCAGCUUAAAUAAAGCAGUUCGCAACCAACAGUCUAUAUCAAAAGGUGGCUGAAGGUCUAGCAUGCUCAUCUCUUUAGACUUAGCAAUAAACUAGUGUAGGUGAUCUUUGAGGACAAGAGUGAACUCAUAAUGUCCAGCUUAUCAAAGAAAGUGCUAUAUAUAAACAAGAAAAGUGAAAGAUAGAUCUAUCCUCUAGCAACAGCUUUAGACUCUGGCAAUAAUGAAAUGAUUAAGAGAUUAAAUUACUCCAGAUAGGUUUUAGAAUCUACUAUCAAAUAAUAAGCUGCUAGGCCACUAAGUGGAGCAUUAACUCAAAGAAUCAGUAGCAAUGAGGCUAGAGGACAACUAUAACAGUAGCAAAUGAUGCAAGGAGCUGAGACUUAAAGAUAUAGCACUACUGGCGGAAACAAAUAAAAAGUUAUAUAAUAGCAGCAAUAGAUGGAUCCAACUGCAGAUAUGCUUCUGUCUACUGCUUAAAGACAAAGACUAAUGCAAUAAAAUCAGCAGAACUAAGAGUUUAGUCCUCCAGCGAAGCAAUAAAUACAACAGAUUAAUACUAAUCAAAUAGAAAUGGUAGACAAGAAGAGACCAAUCGGCACUGCAAGAUGA